AUGGACAUAUUCGCAGUCGUUGCAGCAGAUCGAGACAACGCCGAACCGGACCAUCAACGAGACUGGACACUGGACUUCACAGGCGUGGUUCCGAGGGAUCUGUGGCUGAUCAACAAGCGAAGUCUUGAGGGUUUUGAGCAGCAGGAAGCUCUGCACAGCUAUUAUGGGCUGACGAUACUGCUUGUCGGCGCCUUGACACCCUUUGCAUUCACUCUGCUGCUCUUCUUCCCGCUGCUGCCGACGCUCUUCGCGCGGCUGAGACCGUAUGUGGUAUACCCAUCGACAUUUGGCGGUCGUCAUGUUCAACCGCUCCCGCACGGCAUCGGCAAUGCGCCAACAAUGGGUCAGGGCAUGUAUAUCGUGUUCUUCGUCAUCCUCAACGUCAUCUGCAGCGCUGUUGGUCACAAUUCAGUCCAGCCGAAUGCGUUCUACAAGAACACUAGGGAGGAGAUCAUGCUCUAUGUCGCUAAUUGCACUGGAGUCAUUGCGUUUGCGCUCCUACCUCUGGUUAUACUGUUCGCUGGCAGAAAUAAUUUCCUGCUGUGGAUCACGAACUGGAGCCAUGCGACGUACCUGCUGUUCCACCGACAUGUGGCCCGCAUUUUCAUGGUGCACUGUAUAGUGCACUCGAUUGUGGAGAUCGAGUUGUAUAGAUCGCAAGGGCUCGCGGUGGAACAAAUGAGGCUGUCAUAUUGGGUCUGGGGCGUUGUCGGGACCGUGAUGGCUUGUGCGCUGGUCGUCUUCUCCGCACGCUUGUUCAGAAGAUUGACUUACGAGGUGUUCCUGGUUCUUCAUAUCUUGAUGGCGAUUCUCUUACUGGUCGGCUGCUGGUACCACGUCGAGUUGCUCUUCAAAAGACGGUGGGGCUAUGAGUUCUGGCUGUACGCGGCAUUUGCAGUAUGGAUCUUCGACAGAGCGGCGAGAUUGCUACGGCUGGCGCAGACUGGGCCAUUGAGAGCCGAGAUGCAGGAGCUAGGUUCUUCUGGUGUUGUACGGAUCGACAUCCCUGGAGUCCGCUGGUCGUUGCAUCCGGGCCACCACGCGUACAUCUCGUGGCCAGGACUGUCCUGGUGGCGUACAUUUGGGAGCCACCCCUUCAGCGUCAUCCCUCUCAGCCAUUGCCAGCAUCCCGACGAUGAGGUUGAGUCAGCGAUCACAGCACCAUCUACAGGGUCUGGGCGAACGAGUCCCACCCUUGCAGUAAUCACAGACCUGGAAAAGGCUGUCAGCAAGAUCCGAAGCAUACCUCUCCAUACUCGACCACUCAUCCGGCCUGGCGUCCGGCUGUAUGUGAAGAAGCACAAAGGAAUCACAUCACGACUCGGUAGCGCUAGGAAUAUUCUGACGCUCUUGGAAGGUCCAUAUCGCAAUCACAGCGUAGGCGUGGCUCCCAAUGCUGGAGUGUUGGCUUGUGAUAGGUUGAUUUUGCUGGCUGGUGGCAUCGGCAUCACUGGUGUUGCUAGCUGGAUCCGCGCGCAUACCAACGUCAAGCUGUACUGGAGCGUCAGAGAAUGUGGACGGGCACUGCUCGAAGAUGUGCAGCAGAGUGGUCUCUUAGAGCCGCUAUCCAGACUGGGCCGGCUCGAAGUGAAUGUCACCGGUUCCGGGCAAAGGCGACGGGACCUGACGGAUACGAUAGAGCACGACGUGGUCGACGCUCUGCAUGACUCUCUUGUCAAGGGUGUCAAGGUCGGGGUCAUCAGUUGCGGGUCGCCAGAGUUCUGCGAUAGUGUCAGAUCUGGGGUCGUUGACAUUGGUCGGAGGGUAGGCGGACUCGUGGAACUGCAUUACAUCGAGGAGGCGUUCGGGUGGUAG